AUGGAAAGCUAACAUCCAUUCAUAGUACUAAUACUUGGAGAUUGUAAUAGUGGGAAAUCAACAAUAGUAGGAAGAUAUUUAGAGAACAAAUUGGUAGAUCCUCAACCAACAAUAGGAGUAGUAAAAAGAGAUAGUUAAAUAGAAAUUGGUAAUAGCAAUUAAAAAGCUUAAGUAUUAUAAUAAAAAUAAAAAUAGAUUUUUGACACAUCUGGAAAUGAGAAGUUUAGAGAUUAAGUAUUGGCUGAAUUCAAGAAUGCAUCAGCUGUUGUAUUAGUUUAUGAUAUAACUGAUUAUCAAAGUUUUUAAAAUAUUUAGACUUUAUAAAAAGGUACUUAGUAGAUUAAUUGUAAAUUAGAAGUCACAAGAUAAAAUCCUAAUAUAGAUUAUUGGAUUAUAGUAGGAAAUAAAUUAGAUUUAAAAGAAUAAAGAAAGGUUUAAACUGAUGAGGGAAAGAAGUUUGCUUCAUAAAUUGGUGCUAGAUUUAUUGAAUGUUCAGCUCAAUAACCAAGUAAUAUCAAUCUAAUUUUCUUAACUAUUCAACAAUGGACUUUGAUUAAUAUUCAACCUAAAUAUGUCCCAGAGUAAACUUAAAGACUUUUAGAAAAAUUGAAUAAUGAUGAAUCUUCAAAAUAACUUUUGACUUCUGCUUCAAAAAAUAAUUAAACUAAAUUUAAAAAUAGAAAUACGAGUUUCUCUUUAAUUUAAAAUAAUACAAAUAAUGUAGUUUCAUAAUCUUUUGAUGAAUAAUAAAAUUCAUUUAAUGGAGAUAAUCUAUAAGAUUAUUUUACACAAUUAUAUAAAAAAGUAGAUUUACAAAAUCAAAAAGUAAAUUAAUGAUAUUAUUAAGUUAGCUGAUGUUAUUGUUGAAGAAGCAUAAGAUAAUGUAAUUUAAUCUUUGAAGUAAGAAACUAUUACAAUUUAAAAUACAAAACCAUUAUAUCUUCUCGAAAAUAAUACUUUUUAAUUAUAAGAAAAAAUUUAAGAUAAGAUAAAUAUGAUGAAAAAAAAACAUAAAUAAUUAGAUAAGUUAAGAAAAGAGAUUGCCUAAAACUUAUUACUCAUUUAAGAACAAAGAAAAAAAUUAACUGCUGACUAAGUUAUAGAAAACACUUAAACGUAAAAAUUAGAAAGAGAAUUACAAAAAAGACUUUUGAGUGUUGAACGUAAUAUGGAUUUCUUGAAAACUGAUAUUAUUCUAUCUUAAAAAUCUUAGAAAUUCAGUACUAAUAAAAAUAAUUUUCUCUCAAUUGACUAAACUUAAAUUCUCAAAUAACACAUUAAUUAAAUUCAAAAUCCAGAACAUAUUAAAGAAUAAAAUGAUUAGAUUUAAAAAAUAAAAACUGAGAGAAAGAAAUUAGAAGAAUAAAGAAAUAAUAGAUAUAAAUAACAUGUUGAUAAUUUAGAAUCUUUAUAAAAAUAAGAAAAAGAAAUAAGAUUAAAAAAUGAAUAAGAUUUAAUUUAAAAAAGAAAAGAAAAAGCUAUGAAUAAAAUAGCAUCAAUGGAUUAAAUAAGAUAAGAAAGAUCUUAAUAAUUGAUAAAAUAAAAUGAAUAAGUUAAAUAAAUCAUAGGAACAACACCUUUGCAUGUUAAAUUAGAAAAUUUAUACUAAGAAAAAAUAACAAACCCAUAAUUAGAAGAACAUAAACUUAAAUUAAAAUAAAUUAGAGAUCUUCAUUAACCAGUUAGAAUGAAUGAUUUAAAAUAAUGGGAAGAAAAUUAUGAUAAGAGAAAAAAAUCAUAAGAAGAGGUAAGAAAUUAAAAAAUUUUUUAAAAUAAUUAAUUAUCUUAUUAAGCAUCUUAUGAAUCAUCAGCUUAUAAAUAAGUUAAGGAUGAAUAAUCUAAAUAAUAAAAAGAAAAAGAAUAUUUAUUAAAGGAAUAAUAGUCAAAGUAAUAAGCUAAAUAGGAAUUUUAAAAUAAACUAAAAGAUUAUAUUCCAUCUAUUAGUCCAGAGAAAUAAUAAGAAUUAGAAUAAAUCAUCAAUAAAGUACAUCAUAAAAUCAAUUUUUAUGAAUUUAUAGAAAUGACUAAGAAAGUAAAAUUAAAAGGAGUAUUUUUUGAUAAAGAUGGUAAAAUUCUAGAAAGAAGUGUUGAUGUAAAAUUCUUAUAUACAUAAGAUAGGAAGAAUAUUAUGAGAAAAUAAAAGAGAAUGAAAAGAAUGAAGAAUAAAAUCCUAAGGUAAUAGGAAAUAAAUAUCUAAAUGAUGUUAGAAGGAUAAUAAAAAAGCCUAGUUUACAUGAGAGUGUAGAUAGACUAUAAAGUUAAUCAAAUCCAGAAUAAGGAUAUUAGCUAGCAGUUAGAAAUCCUAAAUAAAAUAAAUUAAAUGAAAUUAAAUCACAUUGGAAAUUAAAGCCCAAAUUGACUUUUGAAGAAACUGAUCUUUAAAAAAUUAUAGAUGGAAAUGAAGGUUAAAUAUUUUAAUUAUAUAAGUGGCUGGAUUCUCUAAUUAACAUGUGAUGCAAUAGGCUAAUAAAUUAGCAUCUGAAGCAGUCAAAUAAUUAUAAAUUAUAGAAGCAAAAGGGGAAGGAAAAAUAUGUUAUAAAGAUAUAGAAUCAGCAGAUAAAUUAUUAAUAAAUUCUAUUAAAGUUUUUAUUUGAAAAUAUUAUUAUAGGCAAAACUUACUUUAAUGGAAAAAGAACUUAAAUCUGAAAAUAGAGGAUAAGAAAUAUCUACUAACUAGAAAAGAGGAAGAAGUAAUACUAAAUAGCAUUCCUGA